AAGCUCUAGGUUGGCAACGGUCAUUUUUGUUAUACAAAAUGUUUCUCAAAUUGUAUUGCAAAUGACAAAUCGUUCAUCAGAUACAUUUUGAAUUACGUUUAGGUGUAAAUAGUUGAAGAAGAGAAUGUUGAUGUUCGGUUAGCACCGCUUUUAAGUUUUCUUGUUUUACAGUUAAAAGUCUCUUUGAGUAAGUGCGUUGUGAAUAUUGGCCUUUUCUAAACGAUAUGGAUUCAUGGUCUUUGUUAUUUAAUUGAAGGAUGUCUGUUUUGUUAUUUCAUUGAAGCAUUAAACCAUCAUUCUGCUUACAAAAGUUCAUUUAAUACUGAUGUAGUAAUUGGGAGUUAUUAGUCAUUCCGCAUGUCAAGAUGAGAUUGAGUGUUCAAAAUGACUUUUAUAAUCACAACUUGUAACUGGAUAUUCUUCCCACAUUUGAAUUAUUUGUCUCUGAGAAUGGAGAAAAGGAUUAAGUUAUCCAAAAGAUCUCCAAACUCAUUGUCAAUAAAAGUUGAAAGACGUCCAUCAAGGUGGAACCAGAGCGAUUCUUUUUCAUCGUGCUCAGACGACUCGGCAGUCUUUUGCAAUAAUUAUGAUGUCAGAAAGCGUCUGUCUGAUGAUAAACAAUCUCCCCUGCUGGGCAAUCGCAACCGACACUCAUCCGGCUCCUCAGCAUCUAGCAACUUGUCGUGCAUCAGUGACAAAAAUGGUCACAAGCCGCCCUUAACAUUAUCGUCCUCUACUGCCAAUCAUAGUAUAAGUAGUUCAGUUAGAAAUAAAAAAAUAAUUUGCUCAGAUACAAGUUCCAGAAGUGUGGAAUUUAAUCAAACAAUCAUCCACGAUAGGCUACCUUGCAAUAAUGAAACUGAAUCGCCUUAUCGUCACAAUCUACGGAGAAAUAUUCGGAAAAAGACCUGUAGCUGCGACUGCACUGCCACUUGUGCAACCUUGGUGGUAAGGCGAUUCCAUGAGAUCAGCAAAGAUAAAGUGGAAUCAAAGACUUUGAUAUCUAAGACGAAGAUCAAUAGUUUUACGCCAAAUCAUUCUGAGAAUUCUAGUCAACAGUCUCCAAAACCAGAAGCAGGGCGUAAGAGGAGGUCUGAGGUAGAGAAAUUGUAUGCGUCUUUGCAUGAAAUAGAGUGGGCUAAAAAUUUUUCUCCUGACAAUAUACUCAAUCAAUUUAAUAUCAGGCAAGCGGCAUCAUGCUCAGUUUUUGGCCGCAGCUUGAAUUGUAGUAGUAGGGGCAAUAAGAAAAAUGAAAAUGUAAAAAAUAAAAUAAUGAAACCAAAUUCCCCACAGAAACAAGUUGUUAAUUGUAAAACAUUUGGAAAGUUUAAGUCUGAUUAUUGUAAAAGUGAAUAUUCCUCUGAACCAUCUGAAAAGUGUUCGGAAUCUUUUGACAGAGAUACAAAACCAAAUAAUAUUGAAAUAUUUAGCGUUUCAACAAAUUUUCAACAGUAUGAGGAAGUAGAAACAUCACUUGAACAGACAUCUGAGGAGAAUUUUGAUCCUCAGAAAGUAAAUUCUGAAUCUAUCGUUCAAACUUUUGUACAUUCUCCAAAAGCAGAAGAAAAUGAAUCUGAGGAAGUCGUAGAUUCAACCGAGGACAUAGAUGCAAUGGAGUCAUGCAACUCACAGGAGACCUUGUCGGUGAUAUCUAUUGGUGCUUCGGACCCAUCAAUAAAUGAUUUUCAGAGCUACAAUGGGGAAUGCCUACCCAGUACUGAGCUUGUCCGAUCUGAGGAUGAGAUGGAAUUUACAUUGAUUCCAUCGUUCUUUGAUUUGGCGGAACAAGGCAUUAGGACUGUGGAUGCUUGUGUUCGUGAGUUGGGAGCAGAAGUGGUGGUGUCCACUUGCUAUGAAGAGACUGAUGAUUUGCCGCUCCUAUCUGCCGUCAAGGAAAAUGAAACAUGUGAUAGUUCUACAAGUGAUACCCCACCGGUUCUGGAGCCAUUUGUGGAUAUUGCUGAGCCACCCAUUCCUAGAAUGAUGACUCGGUCUGCCACCACCGAACUCCUCAAAGAGUCGUCAACUAAUCAUAUCUCGACUCUUCCACACAAACAGGAUCAAAAGAAACAUCUUUGCUUUUACAAGCAAAAGUUAAGAACUAAGCACCUUGCAAAAGAAAAACACUCUGUGUCUAGCAUUGUGAAAGGAAAACAAAUUUUUAAUAAAUAUUCUAAAUACGUACAUAGUAAAAGAAAAUUUAAAAGCAUGCCUUUAGUAAUAAAAAAUAGCUUUGAGAUGAAUAAAAAUCAUACAAGUAGGACUUCAUGUGAUGGUGCGGUUAAGCUUGAAACUUCAAAUCAAAAAGAAGAUUUAAUGUCCAUAACAACACAGCCUUUAACUUUCGAAAGUAGUGAAGUACUAUAUCAAACUGAUUCCGAGAACAACCAGACAAUUGUGAAAAGUGUGAACCAAAACUUUUCGAUCUACAGCUAUUCUAACAAGAUGAUGGUAGAUUACGUGACGAAAGAUACUACUCUGGUUGGCACACAGAACGAAAUUGCUAGUUGCUCGAGUACUACCCUAUCUCUUGCUCAAAGGGUCCAGCACAGUGCACAAGCAAUUGUAUUGCCCAAAAAGGAAGGUGGUCCGAGCAACAGUUUAGAAAGAGGAAGGAGAGAGAUUCAGAAAUUUAUACCAACAAAGUUUGUUGGAUUUACAACACAUUACAAGAGCUUAGUUGUGACUAAAAAUGCAAACUAUGUCCAAGUCAUGUUGAAAUAUACACGAUCAAAUACAAUACUUUUUACUCUGGAGGGCCUGAAUGAAUUGACUGAUGUCAUAACACAAGUGGCAUCAGACCCUAGCUGUAAUGUUAUGAUUAUACAUGGUACAGCUGACUGUUUUUGCAAGGGCCUUGAUCUAAAACCUCUGAUUGGACCUGACAAAAACAAGGUGUCUACUGAACUUGCAAUUGCCAUUAAGAGAAUGAUCAAAGCUUUGGCCGAUCUUCGCAAACCCCUGGUUGCAGUUAUCAAUGGGCCAGCCUACGGCCUGGGUAUGACCCUCCUACACCAUGCUGAUGUAAAAAUUGCCAGUGUCAAUGCAGAAUUUUGUAUGCCUCAUUCUAGGCUUGGUUAUAUGCCGGAAGGUGGUGCAUCCCUCACGCUGCCACAAGUGGUUGGUCCCACAGUGGCAAUGGAUCUAUUAAUGAGGGGUCGUACACUGACAGCACGGGAAGCUUGUGAUGUGGGUUUGAUUUCUGAAGUUCUUGAAGCCAGACAUCUUCCUCAAGAUCUGGUUAGAAGGGUCAGAACUCUGGCACAGAAUUCAUAUUCGGCAAUGGAGGCAACCAAAGCCAUGAUACAGAUGUCAUUGCAUGUCAACCUGCCACUGAUUUUAGAAAAUGAGGUGAAGUUGCUUCCGCGCAUGUGGUUAACUCAACCUUGCCAGGAUGCCAUACAGAGUGCAUUCGCCAGUGGCUUCUUACCACAUGAUUAACAGUAUAUGAAACUAUAAUCAUCCAAAAUCCUGAUGUAUCAAAUCAAUAAACUUUAUUUUUCAAAUUAAGAGACAUUUAUUUUUUGACAUCUCCAUGCUAAUGUAUUUUCAAUUUGUUUGCAGUUACUGAUUGUUUUGUUAUAGUAUAUGAAAUAAAAGUUGUUUAUUAAGUA